AUGGACCUUGUUGCCUUACUUAUUUGCCACUUCUUGACAUCAAACAUUUGGUACACUACUGGCUUUAAUGUCGACACAGGAGGCUUCAACAACAAUAUCCAUUGUUUGGCAAAGUGUAUAAGCGUUGUAACUGCUGGGAGUGAGUAUGCGAGAUUGGGACGUGAACAUCAGCAAAGACGGUCUGUAUCCAACAUGCAUCUGAGGCUUUGCGAGAUAUCUCCAUAG